GUUCCCACGCGCGAAUUCGCUCUUAACAAAACAACUCAACCAACAAUAAUAUUUUUCAUAUUUUUUGAAUUUAAAAACAUAAUAAAAAGUGAAAAAUCUCUGAAAGCAACUUCAUUUAAACAAAUGGAACAGCAAGAAACCGAAAGCGAUGCCGAAAGCGUACUCGAUGAGAAUGUGUUUUAUUUCGAAAGUGACCACUUGGCACUGCGUGGAAACCGAGACUACACAAAUAUGUUGAGGACCAUUGCUAUUCUGGAGGCACAGCGGGUGCGAGUACAUCAGCAAAUGGAAGAACUAGCCUUAGCUAAAAAGCGUUAUAUGGAUGAUCCCGAGUUGUUUUUGAAAAAGAUACAAAGCGGGGAACCCAUAGUGGCAGCGGAACACUUGACCAUUGCCACGCUACCAGAAAUUGGAAAAUAUGAUGACAUGCCGCAGGAAGAUGUAAAAAUCAAAGAGGAACCCAAAGCAGAUGUAUGUGAAACGAUAAAAUCCGAGUUCCCCAUUGUGCGUGGCCGGGUUAUGGAUGAAACAAAACCGGAAACAUACAAUCAACUAUGGACCGUCGAGGAACAGAAACGUCUUGAAGAAUUACUCAUCGAAUAUCCGGAGGAACGUGUCGAAAUGCAUCGCUUUACCAAAAUUGCCAAGGCAUUGGGCAAUCGUACUCCCCAACAGGUGUCAAGUAGAGUUCAAAAAUAUUUCCAAAAACUGCAUAGUGCUGGUAUGCCCAUACCAGGCAGGAUACCCAAAAAUCGUCGUAUGGGUCACACCAAAUCAAAACACUACUAUCGGCCAUCGACGUUUUUCCCCUCGCACAAUGUUCCCGUUCAUAUGUCGGAAGAUGAUUUUUUGUUUAGCGAUUUAAAUUCCCCAUCACCUAGUAUGACGUCACAAGAAAGAACUAUGCAUUUGGAUUCCAACGAAAUUGGCAAUGAAGUAAAGAAAGAGCCCUUGACACCCGAAAUGCGACAACAAAGAAUAAACAUGUUGGAAACAAUAAAGCAGGAGAAAUUAGCCACACCCGAGGGUUACAGUCCCGAUCCAUUGUCGGCGAAGUGUGAAAAUUGUGAAACAUCCGCCGUUGCCCGUUCCGGUUGGCGUUGUAAUACCUGCUAUUGUCCGUUGAAUUUGUGCAACGAUUGUCUGAUCCAACAACUUGUCGAACAUCAAUUUGAACAUUAUUUACACGAUGUGGUGGCCGAGACAAAAGUAUGAUUUAAGUUUUAUUUAAGUAGAUAAUAUAUAAGUUAUAAGUCUAUUUUUAAAUAGUUAAUACAAAUUACAAGGAAUUUCAAGAUUCAAGAAUUGGAAUUACAACGAAAUUGAAAAUAUCAAGAAAAUGUAGGAAAUGUAGGAAAUUAAUCCUACAUGCAAGUGACAAGACUCAGGAAAAUUAAGUGAAGAUACCUCAAGAUUCUAUCAUUUAUUACAUAAUCAAGAACCGAUAUAAAACAAAACAAGUCAAGAUUCAAAAACUGUUGAAGAUUCAA